CAUGACUUGUUCCUGUAAAGCUUGUAAUGAAUAUUAUUGUGGAUUCUACACUAGAAAUACAUUGAAUUUUAAAAAAUCCUGACUUUUACAUUCUUGUUUUAAGUGUAUAUAAGCUUUACUACAGAGAUUUCAAGUGGUAAUGUCAAAAUACAAUUCUCUAGACUGUAAAUAUCUAGUUUUUUCUGUACUUUGUGGCUACUAUCCAAUGAUUAUUCGGAUUUUUGCAACUCUUAGUAUAUAUCAUACAAAGCCACAAUGCAUUUUGCUGUUAGCUUAGUAUAACUAGUGAACUCAACAUUUAAUAAAUGGUUAAGAAAACUUAAUCUUAGAAUGAAUCUCAGUUUAGGGUGAUGCAUGAAUCAAAUCUGUAGUUAAAGUGUACAACUCACUAGUUGUGAGUAUUCUUUUGAAGCUUUCAAAUUCUAUUUCCCAAUAGGUACAAGGAAGGAAGGAAGCUCAUUUAAGUUCAGCAGUGUUCAGCUCCAGGGAAAUACACAUAGACUUCUGUUGUAAAUUUGCCUGGGUAGUCAGUUCCUCUCUAAAUAGAGAAAUUAUAUACCAGUGCAUGAGAUUUAAAUCUUUUCUUUCUUAUGUUUUGUUACUAUUGUUGUUUUCUUUCUUAUGUUUUAUUACUAUUGUUCUUUUCUUGUAGCAUUGCUUUUCAAGUAUACCCAGACUAGUAUUUUUGUUUUGUUUUGCUCCUUAGCUUUAACAAUGCAAAAAAACAUAGUCAACAUCCUGAUUUUGGUUCUUGCUGUCUUGAAUACCCUGGCUAAAGAAACUACUACUAAAGAUGGAAGAAAAGACCCAAAAGAACACAAAGAGACCCAUCCUAAACUUCCACAGACUCUUUCAAGAGGCUGGGGUGAUCAAUUAAUCUGGACUCAGACUUAUGAAGAAGCUCUUUUUAAAUCCAGAACAAGCAACAAGCCAAUAAUGAUCAUCCACCACUUAGAAGAGUGCCCUCAUAGUCAAGCACUGAAGAAGGUAUUUGCUGAACACAAAGAAAUACAGAAAUUAGCAUCAAGCUUUGUUCUUCUUAAUAUUAUUUAUGAAACUUCAGAUAAACAUCUUGCACCAGAUGGUCAAUAUGUGCCCAGAAUUGUGUUUGUAGAUCCUUCGCUGACUAUUAGAGCAGAUAUUACUGGAAGAUAUUCCAACCGUCUAUAUGCUUAUGAGCCUCAAGAUGCUCCACUGUUGUAUUCAAAUAUGCAGAAAGCUCUGAAUCUGCUAAAGACAGAAUUGUGAAGAAAGAAAAAUGACCUAAUCUCAGAUCUUCUGCACCCGACAGUCCAAAUAUGCUUAGUUUUCUCUCCCAAAUGAAAGCAGCCUGGACUUUGGAUUUGCAUAGGGUAUAGUUUUCUAACAUGCUACUUUUUAAUAUCAAAACUAUGCUAUAAAUAUUAAUUUGUAAUGUUAUGACAUUGUAUUGAUUGCUUUUAUAAAAUAAUACUAAUGUAUGCUAAAUCAUGAUUUAAAAAUAAAUCGACAUUACAUCUUUACCAAAAAA